UCCUCACGAUUCAGAAACCCUCGCCUCCCUCUUCCUUCCCGGCCGCCGCCUCCCUCCUCGUCCUCUUCCUCGCCGCCGCCGCCGCCGGCGGAACCCGCCCGCCGGAGGGAGAAGGGAUGGGUGCCAAUGGGGAUGAAGCGUCGCGGAUAAUCGUACCGAUGGCGGUGGAGGGGACCCCGGAGCAGCUGGCGUUCGUCCAGGAGUCGAAGCUGCAGAAGCGCAAGGAGAACGUGGACUGGGCCGUCAGGAACCGGGAGCGCAAGGCGGCCAAGCGCCAGCGCAUCCGCGACGAGCACAAGGUCGUCGUCAAGCGGCCCGAGGAUUUCGUCACCGCGUUCCGCAACAAGGAGCGCGACUUCCUGCGGAUGAGGACCCGCCUCAAGGUCCGCAAGCAGCCGCCCGUCGAGGCGCUCAGCUCCAAGCUCGUCUUUGCGAUUCGCAUCCCUGGCUCCGUGGACUUGCAUCCGAACAUCAGGAAGGUUUUGAGGAAGCUACGACUGACGAGGGUCCUCACUGGGGUGUUCCUCAAGGCCACCGCGUUGACGCUGAAGAGGCUUCUCAUUGUUGAACCCUUUGUCACCUACGGGUUUCCAAACUUGAAGAAUGUGAAAGAGCUUAUUUACAAGAAGGGUCGUGGGUUCUUGGACAAGGAGCCUUUCCCUCUUACCAGCAACGAUCUAAUUGAGAAGGCUCUUGGAGAUCACGGCAUCAUAUGCUUGGAAGAUGUUGUGCAUGAGAUCGCCACUGUUGGGCCACACUUUCGAGAUGCAUCGAGGUUCCUCAUGCCCUUUAUGCUCAAGUGUCCAGAGAGGAGGCUUCAGAUGAAGAGGAAACCCUACAAGGAUGGUGGUGACUCUGGCAACCGUGGCGACAAAAUCAACGAACUAAUUGAGAAGUUGAACUAAAGUAGAUCUUGACUCCGGUUGUCACUUUGUGUUGGAGUGAUGGAUCUGUUACCUUAUCAGUUUUGUAAUAGCAUAGCUGGAUGUACCUUUUAACUUUGAAACUUUACCUGCAUUUGUGCGAUCAGAUCAUGAAAUAGCAGAAGCUUCUUUGGUCAUCCCCUGCCUUCUGCUCGACAUGUGCCUUCUGGUUGGUGCGACAAUAUAUCAACUCUGUUAUGCUGUAGUGUACUAUUGAUUGUUAAAUUGAGUAUAUAUCCUGAUCCCUUUGCUGUUCA